AUGCAGUUAGGGGAGCAGCUCCUCGUGAGCUCCGUGAACCUGCCCGGCGCGCACUUUUACCCUCUGGAGAGCGCGCGAGGCGGCGCCGGCGGGAGCGCGGGCCACCUCCCCGGCGCAGCGCCCUCGCCCCAAAGGCUGGACUUAGACAAAGCGCCCAAGAAGUUCUCGUGCGAGGCGGGCAGCGGGGAGACCACAGCCGCCAGCGCGGGGGCCCCCUCGGCCAUGCUCAGUGACGCCGACGCCGGAGACGCCUUCGCCAGCACCGCGGCGGUGUCCAAGCCGGGGCCCCCGGACGGCCGCAAGAGCUCCCCCUGCGGAGAGGAAGAGCUGCCCGCCGCCGCGGCCGCCGCCAGCGCGCGCUACUCCAUGGACACCCUGGGCUCCGAGCGCUACUACCUGCAGUCCCCCGGGCCUCAGAGCUCCGAGCUGCCCGCGCCCUGCUCCCUCUUCCCGUACCAGGCGGCUGCUGGGGCGCCCCACGGCUCCAUGUACCCCGCGCCCAACGGAGCGCGCUACCCCUACGGUUCCAUGCUGCCCCCCGGCGGCUUCCCCGCUGCUGUAUGCCCACCCGGGAGGGCACAGUUCGGCCCCGGAGCCUCUGCUGGCGGCGGCGCAGGUGGGAGCGGCGGUGGAGGAGGCGGCCCGGGCGCCUAUCAGUACGGCCAGGGCGCUUCGCUUUACGCACCGUACUCCGGAGCGGCGGCGGCCGGGUCUUGCGGAGGACUGGGAGGUCUGGGGGUGCCCGGCUCCGGCUUCCGUGCUCACGUCUACCUGUGCAACCGGCCUCUGUGGCUCAAAUUUCACCGCCACCAAACCGAGAUGAUCAUUACGAAACAGGGCAGGCGGAUGUUUCCCUUCCUGAGCUUCAAUAUAAACGGACUCAAUCCCACUGCUCACUAUAACGUGUUUGUAGAAGUGGUGCUGGCCGACCCCAACCACUGGCGUUUCCAGGGGGGCAAAUGGGUGACGUGCGGUAAAGCUGACAAUAACAUGCAGGGCAACAAAAUGUAUGUUCACCCUGAAUCUCCCAAUACUGGCUCCCACUGGAUGAGGCAGGAGAUAUCAUUUGGGAAGUUAAAACUCACCAAUAACAAAGGUGCCAACAACAACAAUACCCAGAUGAUAGUUUUACAGUCUUUGCACAAGUACCAGCCCCGACUGCACAUUGUUGAAGUGACCGAGGAUGGCGUGGAGGAUCUGAAUGAGCCCUCCAAGACUCAGACCUUCACCUUCUCGGAAACGCAGUUCAUCGCGGUGACGGCUUACCAAAACACAGAUAUUACUCAACUAAAGAUUGAUCAUAACCCCUUUGCGAAAGGCUUCAGGGACAACUAUGAUUCCAUGUACACCGCUUCAGAAAAUGACAGAUUAACUCCAUCCCCCACGGAUUCUCCUAGAUCCCAUCAGAUUGUCCCCGGAGGUCGGUACGGAGUUCAGCCCUUCUUCCCGGAGCCCUUUGUCAACACUUUACCUCCAGCCCGAUAUUAUAAUGGCGAGAGAGCCGUGCCACAGACCAACGGCCUCCUUUCACCCCAACAGAACGAAGAGGUGGCCAACCCUCCCCAGCGGUGGCUUGUCACACCUGUCCAGCAAGCCGGGACCAACAAACUGGACAUGAGUUCCUAUGAGUCUGAAUAUGCUUCCAGCAGCUUGCUUCCAUAUGGUAUUAAAUCUUUGCCCCUCCAGACAUCCCAUGCCCUGGGGUACUACCCGGACCCCACUUUCCCUGCUAUGGCAGGGUGGGGAGGUCGAGGUUCUUAUCAGAGGAAGAUGGCUGCUGGACUACCAUGGACAUCCAGAACGAGCCCCCCUGUAUUCUCAGAAGAUCAGCUCUCCAAGGAGAAAGUCAAAGAAGAAAUUAGUUCUUCUUGGAUCGAGACACCUCCUUCCAUCAAGUCUCUCGAUUCCAAUGAUUCAGGGGUCUACACCAGUGCUUGUAAACGAAGGCGUCUGUCUCCCAGCACCUCCAGUAACGAAAAUUCUCCCUCCGUCAAGUGUGAGGAUAUUAAUGCGGACGAGUAUAGCAAAGAAACCUCCAAAAGCAUGGGAGGAUAUUACGCCUUUUACACGACUCCCUAAAGAAUGCUUUUAACCUUGUGAAAACUAGUUCACGUUUUUUGCAGAUGGACUUGGUGGUGUUUUUGUUCUGUUCUGUUCUGGUUUUUUGCUGUCUUCUUUGUCUAGGUUGCCAAAAAAGAUGUUUUCCCUUCCAUCUUGAUGCAUCCUGUUUUGUGCAAUUUCUCUAAAGAAGGUGCCAAAGCUUUUUGAUUGCUGCAGGUAAUGGAAACAGACCUAGCAUCUCCAGUCCCACCACCUUAUUUUUUGAAAAUGAUGUUAAUGGAGGAGGGCUUUAAAGUGUUUUACCUUUUGAAAGGUAUGCAAGGUUUAGGAUUUAUUCAUUGGAGACACUAAACAUUGGGCUGUGAAGAGUGGAGGGCCAGAGCACUCACUACCAAAUGAAUUGAAAGCUUUGUUUAUCAUUUCUGUUUGGAAGCCUUUAGGCAGAUAAAAAGCCAGAAUGCAAAGGAGGUUUUGCUUCUGGCAACAAAGGGCUGGGCCAUCCUUAAGUUUCA